ACUUAGUUAGAAAUAUGUCUACUGACCUUCAAAAAAAAAAAGGGGGGGAAAAGAAACUAGAACACAGACACACGUUAGCCAUCAAUAAUGCAAGGGUUGGCAUUUGGUUUGUUUUGCAGCUCUGCCAUCAGUGAAGCAUCACUGCUCUUACUGCAGCUGAGGAAGUGGUGGUGUUUGAUUCAGGAGAAGGGGCUGGUUACUGAGGAAAAAACCCAGAGACAGACAGGAGAGGAAGAUGACGACAUAUUGGUAGUGUGAGAAAAGCUGUGGCGACAGAGCUUAAAAUAUUGCUCAAACGAAACUGUGUCUUUGUUUCAGGUGUCACCAGAUCCUGUGCUGCUCUGUCUGACUAACCUCCUGCGUCAUCAGGUAGCAGAUUUGUAACUCCUCACUUGCCUUUAGAGAGAAAUAUAUUAGAAGAGGACAUUUACGGGGCUACUGGGGUAGAGUGAGGUUUCAUCAUCCAAGUGGAAACACUACCACUAGAUGUAUAUCUGCUCAGGAGGUCUACAUCCUGCUCUGACGCAGCUGGAGACUCAGAGGACAUCACAAUCAGAAGAGGGGAUCUUGCUGUAGCAGCACGUAGAGUAAUGUUUUCUAUCUUUCACUCUUUCAGCGCCAGAAGACCAGAAGAGGAGGUCUGAAGCUGGGUCCAGUAAGGGGGAGGGUUCAGGGAGGAGAGAAGGAGGAGACAGGAACAAAAAGGAGACAGUGAAGCAGAGAGAACAGACAGAGAGAAGAAAGGCAGUGAGAGCAACACACGAUCAGAGACAAAAGAUGGAUUUAAAUUUACUUCAAGCUCUGGAGAGAGAAAGAGUGCUGGAGGUUCUUCGGAGAGACAAGCAGCUGCGUAUCAUCGAGGAGGACAGGAUCAGGAGGAUGAAGUUCGAGCUCCAGGAGCUUCGAAGGAGAGGUGCCAAGAGUUACUCCCGGCAGUACGGCGAGCGGACCUGCGCCCGCUGCCAGAGGCCUCUGGGAAAGUUCUGGAACUCGGGCGCAGUCUGCCGCGGCUGCAGCCACCGGAUCUGCAGCAGGUGCCGAGUAGGUGUGGGAACAGCUGACUGGAAGUGCACGGUCUGCCACGCCUACAGGGAGGUGAAGAUCAGGUCUGGGGAGUGGUUCUUAGAGGAGAAGGCAAGGAAAUUUCCGGUCACCACAGACAAAUAUGAAACAGUUGGGGAGAAGCUAUUAAAGACCUGCAAUGUGCUGAGUCACAUAUCAGUUGUGCCACCGACUCCUCCGCCCCAUUUGGAUCAUCAGUUUCUGAGCAGAUCUGGGGAUUUGAAAAACACGAAACCUUUUACCAAAUCAAUGGAGGAUCUAAUGGUUUCAUUCACGAGUCACAUCAAAAAGAUUUCAACUUCUCAAAACGAUGUGCGAGGAGACCUGCUGAAAGUUGACAACGGCCGCAAAAGGUCGCACUUCAUCUACAGCACCCAAAAGAGCCUGUCUGACACCGACAUCAGCAAAGCAUCCCAUCUCUUCAAAGUCCCAAGUCUUCCAAACCUGUUCAAGAAAAACAAAGACAGCGACCAGGAAGGCUCCUCCACCGGGGCAGAAGAAGAAACUUCCUUCAGUUCUGAGUAUUCUGGAGGAAAGAGAGGCAGUAACAGCAGCAUCAGCACAGAGUACGGCUUCUUUGACAUCGUCAACAUAGCCGGAGAGCUGGAGCUGGCUCUGGCCUACAACACCAGAACCUCCUGUCUGGAGAUCACGGUCGGCGGCUGCAGAAAUCUCGCUUAUGGAGACGCCAAGAAGAGGAAGUGUCACCCAUAUGUCAAACUCUAUGUGCUGCCGGAAAAGAGCGGCAAAAUGAAGACGGCCGUGAAGAGAAACACGACUGAUCCGGUUUAUAAUGAGCUUUUGAAGUAUCAAAUAGAGCGGCACCUGCUGUUUGGAAAGAGACUGCAGGCCUCUGUGUGGCAUUCAGGGACCCUGAGAAGGAAGGUGUUUCUCGGUGAGAUCCUAAUUCCACUGGAUGGCUGGAGAUUUGAGAGUGAAGCCUCCCAGUGCUUUAACUGGUACCCACUGUGUCCAAAGGCUGAGAGUCCAGACGGAGGCGCUAUGGAGCAGGACAGAGGAGAACUGCCGGUCAAGCGCAGCUCCAUCAGCCAGGGUGUCUGACUCUGGGAGUAGGCAGAGAGCCUGUCCAGACGACGCCCAUUUCUGAGGGUGAGACCAGGCGUCUCGCCAGCUGCUGUUUGACAGAGUCUCUAGGAUGUCUCUCUGAACCUGGAGCCUUGGGGACAAAGCCCCUCCUGCCUCUGUGAGGGACACCUGGGAGGGGCUCUAAUAGACCCCGGUAACAUCCAAGAUUUCCUUCCUCUCUAAUUCUCUGGUAACUCAGCUCUUUCACAUUCAUAAGCAGUAAAUAAACAAUUAAUUAAUGUUUUAUAUCACACUAUAACUUAUGUGUAAACAGGUAUAAUUUUAGGUGAUUAGCAAUGUAUUAGUCAACAAUUACAGCUGCAACUGUGAAGCACUUGUAGUAGUUUAUGAAUGAUUUGUAUUUUUUAGGAACAUGAAUUGUUAUGUAUCUAUUUAUUUUAUUUGUAAAUUUUACUCAUAUUUAUCAAUAAAGUAUUUAUUUAUAAAAAAUUCUAUCCAAUAAUAAGUGGACCUGGAGUUUUUGUUUAACUUAUAUAAAUUGAUUUUUUUUUUUUUUUUUUUGCCACUUGCAGGAAUAGCUGUAACACUGACAUGUCAUCACAUUAUAAAAUCAACACAACAAAUGUGAUAGCAAACAGUUUUUUUAUUUACAACCAGCAGUAAUGGAGCAGCAUUCAUUCAUAUAGAGUUGUGUACUUCAAGCAACACCUUUCACAAUACAUGUACAUCCUUGGUCAUGAACCUUCAAGCUCCACAGAUUUAACCCUACCUGUGAAUGAUUAUUUUAGGUGUAUAAGCUGUUAUAGAUCAAAUGUUUUAUAAAACAGUGUAAGAUUGUGUAUAACCAUAUAUUAUUAAAGGAAUAGUUUGACAUUGUGGGUAGUACACCUAUUUAUUUGAUCUCUUCUUCAUGCUAAGCUUAGCUAACCAGCUGCAGGCUGUACAGCAGAGGUCAGCAAGUUGUUGUCAUUGGGGAGCCAAAGUUUUAUGGGCCCAAUAUAAACACAGGCCUAUAUGUAUAUAUUAUUUUUCUUUUUGUUAAUUUAUUUCUUUUAUUUCAUGUUAGAAUAAAUCAGAGGUCAUCUAAUUCUCUACAAGAAAGGGAAUAAGCUUAUUUCCCAGAAUAUUGAACUGUUCCUUUAAAUAUAAUUACAGAUAUGUGAAUCAUUUAUUAACUUUUCAUACACCAGUUAUGAGUGCUUCAUAGCAGAAAUUAUAAUUGCUAAGAAAUAUUUUAAUAAACACUUAACUCCCGUUAUCUUCUUUCAACUACAUUUUUGUGUUGUGUUCGGUUUUAAACUCAGAAUACAGACUAUUUUGCUGCCUUCCAGGCAUCUUUCAACUCCAUUUCCUCUUUAAUGUGAUGUUCUAUCAGAGGAGUCAAGGAGCUAAACAUCCAUGCAAAUAAAAUUAUCGAGAAAGACACUUAGGUCAUGUUUCUAAUAAAUGAAAUUUGGAGCCACGCCCGCCUGUCACAGGAAGUGGUUGGAGUUAUAUCAGUGAAUGAGCCAUCCAGCGUUUCCUCCUGUACAAUGAAGCCUUUCUUGUCUCCGUCCGAGCAGCGUGUGAAAGACAUGCUCAGUCUAUGGUUUCACAGCUCCAUGAAGAAGAAGAAAAAAAUGUUCCUGUGGAAGGAACAGUGAUGUCACUGACCUGGAAUUCUGUGUUAACCCGCUCUUCUCCACGGUCUCCAUGGUAACCGGUGUUGCAAACGACUGACCCGACUGACAAGCGUCCGUCCGCGUGCCCGUUCUGACGAAAGUCAUCGUCAGGAGAACGUGACGACACUGUACGUCUCUGCCCAUUGACAGACUCCGCAAGUCAACUUUAAUCGUCUAUUUUAUUUUUUAUUUAUUAUAAUAACAGUCAGUUGGUCAUGAUUAAUUCAGUGUAUGUUACACAUGGCACGUGAGAGUAUUUUUUAUAAACUGAGUCAUGCAGUAACACAGGCUACGUUCAUUUGUAAAGAAAUUUGUUUUUAAUUCAUUUCUUUGUCAAACUGAAUCACUUUAACAUUCAGAUUCCUCAGGUCCGGAACGUCCAUCUUCUCAAAUUCACCACAUGGUCAUAAGUAUGUGGAUACCCAGACUUGAUAUAUGAUUGGUGGGUACCACCUUCAUCAUAAGGCAUUAUUUACAGAGGCUUUAAUAGCUGUUAAUAAUGGCUUUAUUAACGUCAUCUUUGUCAUAAUUGAGCAACUUUUUGGUUGCCAGGUUGGGGAAAAUCCACCUACAGCAUAGCACUUUGCUAGCGCUCAAAUUCAUUAGGGAGACUCCAAGACAUCAGGUUUGCAUUUAUAAAUCUUAGUAAGUCAUCAACAAAGGGGACAGUGUUUCUCACUUUCUGUCAUCUUGUAUGCACUUGUACAUUUUAUUAAACCAUUAUUAAAGAAUAAUGGGUUUAUCGAUUUGUAAUAAUCCAUUAGGAACAGUCAGUCAGUUACAUGUAAAUGGUAAAUCAAUAAAAGGUUCUACAACAACCAUCAUUUAUCGAUAGUUAUAAAUAUCAAUAAGCUAUUUUAUAAAUUGAUUUUCAGUAUUAAAGCAUUAAUUAGAGCUUACAAGUCCUUAAUAAAUGCUGCCUUAUCAGAAAGUUGUACUGAAUGUUGAAUAGCUCACUCAACAAGUCUGCAGCAGCUUUAUGAGGCCUUUUUUUUUUUGGCAUGUUUGCCCUUAUGUGAUGGACAUCAGUGAAGAAGAAGACAGGAAACACUGGGUGGGAGAAGGAGUAUGACAUGCAAGAAAGGUCCACGGCCAGAAUCGAAUCAUUGACAUUGCGGUUUUAUGGCUGUAACCAUUUGGACACCAGAGCGCUCCACAAUGUUAACAUCUUUAUGUAGCUAUUGUUAUCGCCUUUAUUUAGCAUGUUAGCAUUCGCUAAUUAUUACUAAAUACAAUAUACAGCAAGUCAUAAAUACUACACAAAUGCUUUUCAUAUUGGAGAAGUUGAAAUUUUCAGUUCAUCCUGAGGGGAACGAGAACGUGUGACACUGAAGUUCAUGUCGAUCCAUCCAAUAGCUGUUGAGAUAUUAGGUUCAAGGCUGACAUCACCAUCCUUAGAGCCACGUCACCAGCAUGGCGAUGACAUUGAAUAAGAGCAAACAUAGUUAUUGCACACUAAGGCGCCUAACCCAAACCAUAAAAACUAAAUCAAAAUCAAAGUGGACAGAGAUGUCUACAUAACUGGUUGUUGUGAACACAUAAAAUACACAAUGAUGUGUAAUCAUAGAUUUUUUUUUAUUGCCAAUAUGAUGAACACCUCAUUAUAAAAUCCUGUUCAUAUACAAAGGCCAGCAGAGCUGUGUGUUUCCAUUACAGUGUAAGUAGAUGCUACUCUAGUCCAUGUCCAGAGAGAGGAGAUUGAGAUGUUGGUGUUUAACUGUCUGGGUCAGUCCUUUGUGACCAAGCUGCGAAAUGAAAAUGCUUUGUAACGUUCACCUCAACCCUCAUAUAACCUCAGUGGAGGUCUAACACUAAAAAAAAGAAAAGAAAAAAAAAAAAAGGUUUUUCAAAGUUA